AUGGCAAAGUCAGUACUGAGCUACACAACCUUCCUUGCUCUUCUCUUGUGCUUCCUUCUCAUUUCAUCCAAUGAGAUGCAAGCGACAGAGGGCAAACUUUGCCGAAGGAAGAGCAAGACAUUUUCUGGCUAUUGCUUUAUUAGUGAACACUGCGACGAAGAAUGCAAAGAGAAAGAGGGGGCCAAGAGGGGUAUGUGCAUUAAGAAGAGCAUCUUCAGACGUUAUUGAUAC